UCUUCUUUUAAAUCUACUUUAUAAAAUAUAUAAAUAUGUUAAAUUAAAAAUGCAUUUUGCAAAAGAUUGAUAUAGAUAUAAUUGUAUAUUUUCUUAUAUAGAGAUUGCAUAAAGACAUAAAUAAUAUAUAUUUAAAAGGAUAAGCUAAAAAAGAAGAUUAAUAAUUUAUAAAUCUUUAAUAUAUGAAUGAAAAGCAAUAGAGUUAAUAAAGGACAAAGAAAUCUAAGGAAAAAAGAAAAUCUAUAAGAAGAUAUUAAUUAAUAACAAAAAAUUAAGAAAUAUAAUAAAUUUAUAAGUAAAAAGCAAUAAAUAUGGAAAUGACAAGCAAUUAAUAAUUAAACGCUUAGUAAAUUGAGGAAUUAAUGAAUAGAAAUCCUCAACUUAGAAAAUAAACCUAUGAAUAAAUUACCAAUUUAUCUCCUCUCUCUCCAGAAGUUAUUUCUCGUUAAGCUACCAUUAAUAUUGGUACUAUUGGUCAUGUCGCUCACGGUAAAUCCACUCUCGUUAAAGCUAUUUCUGGUGUACACACCGUCAAGUUCAAACAAGAAAAAGUUAGAAAUAUUACAAUUAGAUUAGGUUAUGCAAAUGCUAAGAUUUACUAAUGCCCUAGCUGUCCUGCUCCUUAAUGCUAUAAGUCAUACUCAAGUGACAAGACUGAUGAUGCUAAGUGUGAUAAUGAAGGUUGCAACUAAACCAUGACUUUAAUUAGACACGUUUCUUUCGUCGAUUGCCCUGGUCACGAUAUUCUUAUGAGUACUAUGUUAACUGGUGCUGCUGUUAUGGAUGCUGCUCUUUUGAUCGUUGCAGGUAAUAUGACCUGCCCUCAACCUUAAACUGCUGAACAUCUUGCUGCUGUUGAUAUUAUGAAAUUAAAACAUAUCUUAAUCAUUCAAAAUAAGAUUGAUAUUAUUUUUAAGGAAUCCAAGGAUGCUGCUGUUCAAAAUUAUAAGGAAAUCAAAUAAUUCAUCUUAGGUACAAAUGCUGAAAACUCUCCUAUUAUCCCUUGUUCUGCUUAAUUAAAAUAUAACGUAGAUGCUGUUUGCUAAUACAUUUGCACUUACUUCCCUGUUCCUUAAAGAGAUCUUAAAGCUAAUCCCAAGCUUAUUAUUAUUAGAUCUUUCGAUGUAAAUAAACCUGGUGCUACUGUUGACACUUUAAAGGGUGGUGUCGUUGGUGGCUCUAUUUUGGAAGGUAUUUUGAAGAUUGGUGAUGAAAUCGAAAUCCGCCCUGGUUUGAUUAGCAAAGAUCAAAACGGUAAUGUUAAAUGCACUCCUAUUAAAUCACGUAUUGUAUCAUUACUUGCUGAAAAGAACGAUUUACUUUAUGCCGUUCCUGGUGGUUUGAUUGGUGUUGGUUUACUUGUUGAUCCUUCAAUUACUCGUAACGAUAGACUCGUUGGUAAUGUCUUGGGUUAUCCUGGUAAGUUACCUGAAAUAUAUACAAAAAUCAGUGUCAAUUUCUAUCUCUUGAAGAGACUUAUUGGUGUAAAGAGUGAAGGCGAUAACAGAAGUCACAAGAUUGCUAAGAUUACUGCAUUAGAAACUCUUAAAUUUAAUGUUGGUUCUACCGAAACUCCUGGACGUGUCGUUCAAGUUUAAGAUGUAAAUAAACAUACAUACUCAAUAUUUUCUUAAAAGUUUAAUUUAAUUAUUUUAUUUAAAUAGAAUGUUAUGACUGUCGAACUUAACAACCCUCUCUGUACCUAAAUUGGAGAAAAAGUUGCUUUCUCUAGAAGAAUUGAUAAGAAAUUCAGACUUAUUGGUUGGGGUGUUAUUAAAUCUGGUCAAACUAUGGGAGUCUAAAACUGAAAAGGCAAAUUUAUUCAAAAAAGAAACAAAAUUAAUUAUAUUAAAUGUAUUUAAAACUAAAAAAAACUUAAUAACAAUAUAAAAUAAAUAAACAUAUUUAUUUUUUAAUUAUAUGAUUGUAAUACUUUAUAUUUUUUAUCAUAAGGUUGUUUGUUUUUAAACUAUUCAAAUCUACUAUUU